CAGGACACUGCAACACGUGGGUGCAAGGAUUUCGUCGCUAAAUUGUCCGCGUCACUCGCAGAAUCUCCCCCUGCAACCCAAGCACCUUCCAGCGCCAAUGUCCUCGCCUACGAACCCCACAGAGAAGGUGCCACCCCCGGCCCUCAAGGCGACUGUGGGUCCGAACCCGACGACCAACCGUGGUGCCCCCAGUGUGCUUGGCAUCCACCCGAAGGAGCCCAAGCUCAUCUACUGCAGUGGCAAGCUCGUGGUAGUGCGCAACCUUGACGAUCCGAGCGACACGUUCGUGUACAAGGGCCACAAUGAGCCCACAACGGUCGCGAAAUUCUCCCCCAACGGCUAUUGGGUGGCAUCUGGUGACGUGUCUGGCAAAGUGCGCGUGUGGUCGUACGACAACCCGGAACACACGCUCAAGCUGGAGAUCCCAGUGUUCGCAGGCGAGAUCAAGGACCUGUCGUGGGACCCGGACAGCAAGCGGAUCGUCGCGGUGGGCGACGGUCGUGGCCUCAUGGCUCGUGUCUUCAUGUGGGACACUGGCAACAGCAUCGGCGAGAUCGUCGGCCACCAGAAGCGAAUCCUCAGUGUAGACUACCGUCAGACUCGUCCGUUCCGCAUCAUGACAGCCAGUGAGGACUUCAACGUGUGCGUGUUUGAAGGCCCGCCGUUCAAGUUCAAGCAGAACAACAACAACCUGCACUCCAACUUCGUCAACUGCGUGCGGUUCUCUCCUAACGGCGAGCUUGCGGUCAGUGUGGGGUCCGACAAGCUCAUGUGUCUGUACGACGGCAAGAGCGGCGAGCUGGUUGACAAGUUCCCGGCGGCGCAUCAGGCUUCUAUCUACUCAGUGUGCUGGAGUCCGGAUGGCACGCAGUUGCUGACGUCUUCGGCUGAUAAGACGGUGCUGCUCUGGGAUGUGGCUUCGCGUAGUGUGGUCACGAAGUUCACUUUCGGAGGGGCUAAACCUCAAGUUAAGGACAUGCAGGUGGCGGUGGCGUGGUGUCAGAACCACCUCAUCUCUCUCAGUCUCUCAGGCGACCUCAACUUCCUGGACUUGGACAACCCGUCGCAGCCCAAGCAGAUCGUACAGGGUCACCAGGUCAGCAUCUUGUCACUGGCUACGGAGUCGACGCAGAACCGCAUUUUGACUGGAAGUUACGACGGUGUGGUGUGCUCCUGGACGUCGAAGACUGCCAAGGCGCUGGCUGGCACUAUCCACACUGCUAAAAUCACGGGGAUUGCUGCCAAUUCGAACCAGAUCGCUAGCAGCGGAUGGGACGACCAGCUGCGCUUCGCUAAUGACAUCGAGUACACUGGUGCUACUGCUCUUAAUGCACAACCUAACGGCGUGGCAAUCACGGAGUCUGGACUCGCUGUAGUGAGCACUAACAAGGGUGUGAAGCUGUUGCGCGAUCAGAAGCUAGUGUUCGAGACUCCAGAGUUCUCGUGGACGCCUACGUGUGUAGCCAUCUCGCCGUCUGAGGAUCUUGUGGCUAUUGGAUCGCAGGAGGACAUGAAGAUUCAUUUGUUCGACGUGGUGAACGGAUCUUCAUUGGUCGAAAGUGGAGAGAUCACUGGCCACCUGGGAGCUCUGACGUGUGUGUCGUUCUCGCCGGAUGGAUCGCUUCUGGCUGCGGGUGACACGUACCGUGAAGUGCGAGUGUGGGAUGUGUCUUCACGCUCGGCUAAGGUGCAGGGCAUGUGGGUGUACCACUCGACGCGUGUGACGAGCGUGGCGUGGGCUCCGAGCGGCAACUUCAUUGCCAGUGGCUCACUUGACGAACGUAUCUACAUCUGGGAUGUCAACAGCCCCAUGAAGAAGCGCUUCUUCGAAUUCUCGCACAAGGACGGCGUCACUGGCGUCAGCUUCGUCUCUGAGACGGAGCUCGUCUCUGUUGGCAACGACGCCUGCGUGAACUACUGGGAUUUGUCUGCUUAAACUUAGGCGAAUUGCGGUCUAGGACAAUUGCAUUGUCACGUUAUGUUAAAAUGAACUUGCAAUUGCGGUCAUACUAACGUCCUUAGA